AGAUUCGUACCUCAGGCUUUCAAUCUUUGCAACAAUCCCAGCCUCGCACCCCGUGCACCUCGUCCUAGCUCAGCAUCACUCCUUCUGAGCAUCGUCCACCCGUUCUUGCCAGCGAUCGUCUUCUGUGGUCCACUCCUGUUGGUCAGGUUUGGCAAUCUGCCUUGGAUGAUGGGACAAGUCAUGACUAGGCCGCGCACACUUUUUAGUCGAGGGGGCGAUACACACAUACGACGAAAGAUCCACAGAAUACGAGGAAUGGACGAAAGUGAAAUACGUCCCCACUGCUGGGGUCGUAGCUGUUUUUGAUGGAUGUUGGCGGAAUCAUAUACGGUGGUGGCGGACUGCUGCAUCGCCCCCUGGUCCAUCCACAUCCGCAUCCGCAGCAUCAUCUUCUUCCACGCCGAGUUUUCUGCCCCUUUGUUGUCAGAAACGGAAUACGCGACGCUCGUAGAUUUCUCGACGUUAUUCGUCGUCCUGAAGAAGGUUCUUCCGCCAGAGAAGCAACUUCCGAAUGAGAGUCGGAAGUUAUGGGAUGCUGUGACGACGAGGCUGCUUCCGCAAGAGUAUAGGGAGGGUACGAAAGCGAAACUUGCGCAGAAGCAGAGGGAUGAGGCGGUCUUCUUUGGUACUGGAUUAACCGCUAACGGACUCGAACACACGUUUAUACCCCAGUAUUUUGAACAAGAUAUCAGUUCUGGAAUUCCAGUUCUUACAGCUGCAGGCCGGAAAGCUGUGGAAGAGGCGCUUAGGGAUCGUUCUAAUGGUUGGCCAACGUCCUCAUAG